GGGUUUCCGGUAAAGCAGAUUAAAGUGAGACACACAGGAUUCGUACGCGCAAGGUCGUGUCCCCAACUGCGGGGUGAAAGUUUGUUAUUUUGGGGCAAAGAUGUUGUCCAUAGCCGCUCGUUCCGGGGUUCUUUCCCCGUACUUGCAGACAACAAAACACGCUGUUAAAAGCGUGGUUUUCCCUGGAGCUAAGGAGCUGGUUCCUGCUGCUGCUCCUGGAGGAACCCGCCUCACCCACACAGACAUCAAGAUCCCUGACUUCACAGACUACCGUCGUCAAGAGGUUCUCAACCCCACUAAGUCAUCCCAGGAGAGCAGCGAGGAAAGAAGGGUAUUCUCCUACCUUGUCACUGGAGCAACCACUGUGGUGGGCGUCUACGCAGCCAAGACAGUGGUCACCCAGUUCGUCUCUUCCAUGAGUGCAUCAGCUGACGUCCUGGCCUUAUCCAAGAUUGAGAUCAAGCUAAGUGAGAUCCCUGAAGGCAAAAACAUGACCUUCAAGUGGAGAGGAAAGCCCCUGUUUGUCCGUCACCGCACAGAGAAGGAAAUUGCCACAGAGGAAGCUGUGAACAUCGGCGAGCUGCGCGACCCCCAGCACGACAAGGAUAGAGUGAUUAACCCCAGGUGGGUCAUCGUCCUCGGCGUGUGCACCCAUCUGGGUUGCGUGCCCAUCUCCAACGCCGGAGAGUUUGGGGGUUACUACUGUCCUUGCCAUGGCUCCCACUAUGAUGCUUCUGGGAGAAUAAGAAAAGGACCUGCUCCUCUGAACCUUGAGGUUCCCUACUAUGAAUUCCCCGAUGAUGACACUGUCAUUGUCGGAUAAAUACUGGAGCUCUGUCGCUGUUCCUCUCUGUAAUGUGUAUUUUAAAUGCUUAUGCGUAAGACUUGGGGUUGAAUGUGUAUUUAAAAUAAAGAGGUAUUUCAAACUGUA